UGGGCUCCAGCGACGUGUGCGAGUGAGAGAUUGGGGCAGCAGCAGGGACUGGACGGACUCGUUACUCCGCCUGAAACAGCGGUGGGAGGGUGCUGAUCUCAUCAAACCCAUCCAGGCAGCGGCGAGUCCGGACGCGUCUUAUUGGGUCGUAGAGUGAAAGGCGAGGAGCUUUAACUCAACCUCGCGAGUGAGAGGGAUCGAGAGAGUUUUGAGACCGCUGUUUCAGAGUGUCGGCUGGUUGAAGCCACGGUUCUUGGCUCGGCUCACCUGGUCGUCUCUCCAUGUGCGUAAAGGGGCUCCAUCUUGUCACCGUCCUGUUCGGACUCGGACUCCCAGGCAUGCUGCAGGUCGGCGGCAUACGAGUCUACACGCCUGGGGAGGUCGAGGCGGUCAACGGGACUGAUGUUCGUCUGAAGUGCACCUUUCACAGCUCCUCCGCCGUCAACCCAAAUUCCCUCAUGAUCUCAUGGAGCUUCAGACCUCUCAAACCCGGCAGGGAAGAGUCGGUGUUCUAUUACCAGCAGCGCCCAUAUCCGCCUGUGGAAGGAAUUUUCAGAAGAAGUGCCACAUGGGCUGGCGACAUCAUGGGGCGAGACGCCUCCAUCAUAUUGCGGCAGGUCAAGUUCACAUAUAACGGCACCUACAUCUGCCAGGUGAAGAAUCCUCCAGAUGUCCACGGAUCCCUCGGCGAGAUUAAACUCCGAGUCGUCACCACAGCCUCUUUCUCCGAGAUCCUCAAGCUGGCUCUGAUCAUCGCCGGGGGAAUCACCGCAGCCAUGGUUCUGCUGAUCAUCAUCGUGUCGUGCAGAAGGUGCAAGAGGAAGAGACAGAGGAGGGAAGGGGAUGAGGAGGUCCCUCGAAAGGAGAGAAAAGACCCAACUGCGUGCCACCCGUCCAGAGCCGUCCACCUAUACAUGUCAGACACGUCAAUAGAGAUUGACAGUUCGGACGGCAUGAUCUCAGACCCCAGUACCAAAGACUCCAGCUCUUCCGAGGAAGAAGAACCGAGCUCAGACGACGACGACGGCGGCGACGACUCCGAUUGAGGCCCAGACAAAAUCAAAAAGAGGAAAGAAAAGCUAUUGUGUGUAGCCAGAGAUCUCCCGGGGGAGAUGCCCAGAUGGCAUCCGAACAUUAGCUUCUACAGCUCUGCCGACUGCAGAAGAGAUGAAACGCGAGCUGUUGCAAGCACAUUGUUCAUGAGGGAGUGGGGGGGGAGUUCUUUCGCAGAGUUUCUGUGUCAGAAAAAGAGAACUGUGAGCCUUUUGAUGAAGAUUUUAAAACAUGAGCAAAAAUAACUGCGCGGAGAGUCGAGCUUAGACGGAAGGUUUAUGAAGUGAGGUGAGCUCGGGCCGAGGUUGUCAGGAGCCCAGCUCCACAAUUAACAGUGUUACAAGAGAGAUAUACUUCCGGGUCAUGGUUUCAUGGUCAGCUUCGUCUGAUGCCAAAAGGGACUUGAACAGAGGUGAAUAAAGAUGUUCAUAUUUAAUAACGGUCGGUACUAAAAUCACACUCAAUAAAAAUCACAUCCACGUCAUGAUUUAAUGCUGCGCCCGGAGCAGGAACAUAAAUCCGGUCGACUUGUUGAUACAGCGCCAUCUUUAAUAAUGAAGGUCUUGCUCUUCACCGCUCGCUCGCCACUUGUUAAAAGCAAUUCAGUCUUCCGUCGGAGGGGUUGAGGGCUCUCAGUCACGCCUGAUGACCGGAGAAGUUUUGCUGCUGUCACUGACUUUGAAGGCCGAGUGCGCCUGUCCUGAAUGUGGUGUGGGAGGAAGCAGUCUGAUCUGAAAACCCAUGAACAUGAAAAUGUCUCUCUACCAGUGAACAAAUCUUUCGCUAACAAAUCCACUGUUGCUUGUUGAGUGACGGAAUGUUGUUCUUGUGAUGUGAUACGGAGGGAUUUAUAAACGUGUAUAGUUUUUAAUGCCAGCAGUAUUUCAGUAUGUUCCUUCCUUCCGUUUUUUUUUAAAUCAUAGAGCUUCUUUAUUAAAACGAUUUUCUAAUA